AUUUAAUUUAUUUCACCGUAUAAAAGAUAGAAUUUUUAUUUUCAUUAUCAUAAGUGCAUAAUUCAAUACUAUACAAAAAUUUUCAUCUGGUUUUCCAAACCAUUACAAUUACUACUGUGCAAGUUAAUUCAUCCCGACUCCAUCCGCCGUCAACUAAUUCAUCGGCUUUCAUCCCCCGCCGCCACAGAUGAAUCCUCCGCCGGCUUUAGACGAUUCAAGAGCAUCAUCGAUUUCAAAACCCGUUGGAGAGAUUCUGCAACUCAACUAAUUAAGCUACGCCCCACCGGGUACGUAGCUCUUUUUUUUUUUUUUUUUGCCAUACGUACGUACGCCCUGGUAGCUUUAGAUACAUGCAUAUUUAUCCUUCAUCAAUUUCGUAAUCUUCUCGGUUCAUCGAACUUUCCGGCGGCGCCGGACGGCAAAAAUGUCAGAUAUAGCAGAACGUAAAUUUCCAGGUUUAUCUGGCUCUAGCAUGAUUACAUUCCUUCCGGUAUGUGAAAGAAGACUGGGAGAGAGUGGGGGGCAUGAGUCUGUUCUGUUGGGAAUACAUAUAUCUCUAAACCAGCUAGGAACUGAGUCUCACGUGGAGGUGGCGGAGAUGCCUGGGGAUCGAUGGGAGAAGAGUGUAAAAGGGAAAAAUAGUAGGAGAGAUGAGGCUUGGCUCGAUUAUACUCGGCCAACUACUCACCGUUGAGUAGAAUUUUCCGGUGAAACUACUUGUUG